AUGGCUGCCCUCUCGGAUGAUCAAUUGCUAGAAUUGCAGGGCCACUUGCAGCAUGCUGUAACUUCCUGUACCGAGCGUUGCCUGUAUCAAUCGGCCAAGUGGGCCGCUGAGCUCCUCAAUGCCUUGCCAACAUCCGACCUAACACAUGGCUCAGACACCGAUGUCGACUCACCUAUGUCCGAUACCCCUCCCAAAGCUGCGCCCAGGAAGCCUCCUACUCAGGACGCAGCCGAAGCUGCUUUAGAAGCACGGGAAUUGCACAAAUACCUGCUCGCCAAGACCUACUUCGAUUGCAGAGAGUUUGACCGUUGCGCAACUGUGUUCCUGCCUCAGUUGCUUCCCAAAGGACCUCUCGAUCCCGCCUCACCGGAGUCGGCCAGGGGAGCAACAGCCGCGAAGGGCAAGGCAAGGUUGUCGACCCCUACGACUCCUGCUGUGGCCAGUCAGUCGGUAUCACAUCUCAGCCAGAAAGCACUGUUUCUAAGCCUGUAUGCCAAGUAUAUGGCGGGUGAGAAGCGGAGAGAUGAAGAUAGCGAGAUGAUCCUGGGUCCGCAAGAUGGAGGCAUGACGGUCAAUAAAGAACUCAGCGGUAUCUCAAGAAUGCUCGAAGAGUAUCUCGCCGAGCGAGAUUCGAAAGGUAUUCAAGGUCAGGGCUGGCUCGAGUACCUCUACGGCAUCGUUCUCGCCAAAGGGAAGAAUGAGACGUUAGCCAAAGAGUGGCUGAUCAAAAGCGUGAAUCUCUACCCGUACAACUGGGGCGCAUGGCAAGAGCUAUCCAUGCUUCUCGGAACCUAUGAUGAGGUAGAAAUGCUCGCCGAACAGCAACGCCUCCCACAGAACAUCAUGUCCCUAAUCUUCUACAUUUACACAUCUCAAGAGCUCUAUCAGUCCACCGAGAAGGUCCACAACACUCUCACUCAGGUCCAGUCUCUCUUUCCUACCAGCUCCUUUCUCAAAACUCAACGUGCUCUCCUCUUCUACCACACGAAAGAUUUCGAAGAAGCCGAGCGCAUCUUUUCCGACCUUCUAGUCUCCGACCCUCAUCGCAUUGACAGUCUUGACCAUUACAGCAACAUUCUGUACGUUAUGUCCGCGCGGCCGAAACUCGCGUUCCUAGCACAAGUGGCCACACAGACGGACAAGUUCCGUCCUGAGACGUGCUGCGUUGUCGGGAAUUACUAUUCACUAAAGUCGGAACACGAGAAAGCGGUCAUCUACUUCCGUCGCGCAUUGACUCUGGAUCGCAAUUCCCUGUCAGCCUGGACAUUGAUGGGCCACGAGUAUGUGGAGAUGAAGAACACCCACGCUGCCAUCGAGUCAUAUCGACGGGCAGUCGAUGUCAACAGGAAAGACUACCGCGCUUGGUACGGUCUCGGACAAACGUACGAGGUGCUGGAGAUGCACUCAUAUGCCCUGUUCUACUUUCAGCGAGCCGCGAUGCUCAGGCCGUUCGACCCGAAGAUGUGGCAGGCGGUCGCUAGCUGCUUCGGCAAGAUCGGCAAGCUCGAGAACGGCAUCAGAGCGUACAAACGUGCCCUCGUGGCUGGCGCGUACUACGAUGCUGGCGGCGGAAGCAGCUUUGGCGGAGAAGGCCAGCUGGGCGGUGGAGUGCUGGAUCCGGAGGUGCUGUAUCAGAUCGCGUUGCUCUAUGAGCGGCUCAACGACAGGGAAGAGUGCGCCGCAUACAUGGAGUUGACGAUUGCACAAGAAGAGGGUCCAGACCCGGACGAAUAUGAUGGGAGCCAGGGAGAGCAGAUGGGCGUUGGUGUCACCCCAACGACGAGUAAGGCACGCAUGUGGCUUGCCAGGUGGGAGUUCAUGCGCGGUGGCUAUCAGAGGAGUAUGGAGCUUGCGAAUGAGCUCUGUCAGGACGGUGUCGAGGUCGAGGACGCGAAGGCUUUAGUGAGGGAUAUCAGAGCGAGGAUCGAGAGCGAGAAGGACGCGGGUACCAAGGCCCAGGUAGAGGCGGUGGAGAGGCGAUUUGGGCGGAAGACUUACUUAUCGCCGAAGCGGAUUCACGGCGUUGAGGCAAUUCCAAACUAUGACGCGGUACUCGAGCAAUGCUACCUUCCGCCAGCCUAUUUAUCCUCGCUCUUCUUCCUCUCCACCACGGUGGUCUUUAUAACAUACCCUCGCCUUGAGCAGUUCUGCCUAAUCGUCAUCAGUCUCUGGACACUCGCGCUGUUCUUGAGCUACCUCCUGUUCCUCGCCGCUGACUGGGCACUGUGUACAUCCGCUGCCGACCCGAACUGCCUCACCGACGUCUCGUCAUCUCUGUUCUUCAUCCUCUUGGUGGUUGCUCCGGCUAUCCUGAUCUUUGUCAGCUUGAAGUUCCUGGAAGAGUGA